AUGUUGAGCUCCCAACCCCAAUACUCUGCCGGAUUGCCAUUACACACUCCAUCCCAACUACCGUCAUCUAUAUCUACUCCCUAUAUGUCUUUACCGUCCCACAAAUCGGGUCUCCCCACGGCUACUCGCGAUGGCCCAUUCUCUAGCCCGACAGAGUCCGAAUUCUCAGACGGUUAUGACGGGCUGGACUCUGUUCGGUCCUGGGAUGAGAAGCAGGUGAUAGAUUGGCUACAUAGCAUACGGUGUGGACAGUAUGAAGCGCUGUUCAAAGCGAAUCACUUUAAUGGGGAUAAUCUCCUUGACUGCGAUCAGAAGAUCCUACAGGAAAUGGGGAUCAAGAAAAUCGGAGACCGAGUGCGGAUUUUCGUUGCCAUCAAACAACUCAGGAACAAGAACGUAUCGAAUCGCAAAAAGCGGAACAGGGCUUCGUUGGCUGCCCUUGAUUCUGCCCAAUACACACCCCCUUCCUCCGAAUCUCCCCGCCCAGCAAAUUCUCGACAACAGGCUGCGGGGAACCGUCGAUGGUCUCGACAGGUCGACCUUCCAUCGCUCACGGGCUACAACACAAGUUACACAACAUCAGGGAGAACGUCAUCAAGGCCUUCCUCUCCUCCAGCAGAUUCCGACCGUGGCCUGCGGUCAUAUCGAUAUCCAGGUGUUAGUCCGAUGGAAAAUUCACGGAGGGAACAAGGUGAAGUUCCGCAAACUGCCAGAACGGUCAUGCACAUCAGACAAAACCCCAGCAUGGAUGGAAUUACCAUGAGCUCACUUCCACCUAAUUCACCUGUUAUACGAGUAAUACAUUCCGGCGGUCAGACGAAAGUCUUGAAUAUAAAGCAUUGUAAAACCCCCGAGGAUAUUUUCAUUUGCGUUCUAAGAAAACUUCUGCUUCCCGAGUCCCACUAUAGAAACUAUUGUUUUUAUGUCCUCGACGGCCUGGAUCCUAACCCAGGCAACUGUCGUCGCUUGACUGAUUCGGAGCUACUGAAGAUAUGCGAUGGCCUCCAUAGAUCGGAACGUGGCCGCCUGAUUUUGAGGAAAAUCCAUGCUGGAGAACCAGAGCCGGAGGAACUCCAAAGAGCUGCCCAGAUUGCUCUUGACGAAAGCCAAACAGCCCAUCUGAAUGCUCUUAGCGGGACCAAUGUGCGAAAUCAGAUUAAACUCCAAAAGCUCACCGGUGAAUCAUGGCAUAACAUCAGACAACCUCUCUCCCCCUUAUCAGCCACUGACCGCAAUAGAGAAGAGUUCCAAAGACCAACCCCUUCGGAACGACACCAGUCCGCGAAAUUGCGAUCAUUUUUCGGUGCCCGUCCGCCUAGUGAAAUGAUUAUUCACGAACUUACGUCGUAUUUCCCAAGCCACCAGAAGGAAGAUAUUGAGAAGACGAUGCGUUUAUCCGUGCGAAGAUCACAGCGUAUGAGCCGUGCUGCAAGCCGACUGAGUGUUGUUAGUAACCUUAGUUACGCCUCUAGUUUGAAAGAUGCACCACCUAUCCCUAGUAUUGCAGACACCUGGUUAGCAGGAAAUAAUGGGCCUGCAAGGCCGGCGAGACCCUUAUCUGUUUCCAAGUUCAACUUAACCCAGACGUCAUUCCGCGAUUCCAUAGCAUCUUCCCUUCAGCCCCUCCAAGAGGAAUCUCCCAUCGAACCUAACCGAAAAUCCUAUGUUUCAUUUGAUAGUGGUUCCGACCACACUCCUGGGGAGACUGAUCGUCAGACUUUCCUGGACGAGACAAUUAGCCUCUCUGCCACGGACGGGGCUGGAUCAAUCAAUGAACGCCUUAGCAUCAUAGUUGCAGAGGAUGGAGAGGAACAGGAUGACGGGUUGACUGCUUUCCUGGCUGGCGACAAUUUCGGGAACAAAAACUGGAUGAAGGGAUCCCUAAUUGGUGAAGGAUCAUUUGGAAGUGUCUUCCUAGCUCUGCAUUCCAUCACUGGAGAACUUAUGGCUGUCAAGCAAGUAGAGCUGCCAUCCGCGACCAAAGGAACAGAGUUCGACCAAAGGAAGAACAGUAUGGUCACCGCUCUCAAGCACGAAAUCGACCUCCUCCAGGGCUUGCAACAUCCAAACAUUGUGCAGUAUCUAGGGACAUCCACUGAUGAACAACACCUCAAUAUUUUCCUCGAGUACGUCCCUGGGGGCUCCAUUGCAAUGAUGCUCAAACAAUACAACACUUUCCAAGAGCCGUUAAUCAAGAACUUCGUCCGUCAAAUCUUAGCAGGCCUCUCGUACCUGCACAGCCGCGACAUCAUCCACCGGGAUAUCAAGGGCGCCAACGUCCUUGUCGAUAACAAGGGCGGCAUUAAAAUAUCCGACUUUGGUAUCUCCAAGCGCGUUGAGGCUUCGACCGUGCUGGGAAGCGGUGCCAAUCUAGGCGGUGGCGGCCAUAUACAUCGCCCCUCUCUCCAAGGCAGUGUAUACUGGAUGGCACCCGAGGUCGUGCGACAGACGGCCCAUACGAAGAAAGCCGACAUCUGGAGUCUGGGAUGUCUCGUCGUUGAGAUGUUCAUUGGCGCCCACCCGUUCCCCGACUGCAGUCAGCUACAGGCUAUCUUUGCCAUUGGCAGUAAUCAGGCACGUCCGCCGCCGCCGGAAAAUGCUAGCAAGGAGGCCAUGGCGUUCUUGGAUAUGACGUUUGAGAUCAAUCAUGAGAAACGCCCUAGUGCGGAUGAAUUGCUUAGCAGCUCAUUCCUGUCACAGACGAUCCCUUGA